CAUCUCGAACUCGAUCGUCAGUCGCCAAGAUGAAGGCUUUCGUGGUGUUUGUUGCCCUCGUGGCUUGCGUUCAGGCUAACUUGCUCAGGAUCCCUCUGCAGAAGUCGAAGUCGCUCCGUCAGACCCUUAUCGAGAAGAACACUCCUCGUCAUGUGAUGUUCUCAAGGCCCAUCUUGGGGGGCAAUGUCGAGCCCAUCGCCAACUACAUGGACGCUCAGUAUUACGGACCGAUCUCCAUAGGAAACCCACCCCAGCCGUUCCAGGUCGUUUUCGACACUGGAUCAUCGAACCUCUGGGUCCCUUCCGCUAAUUGCCCCAUCACCAACGUUGCAUGCCUUCUGCACAACAAGUACCACUCCAGCAAGUCCACCAGCUACCUGGCGAACGGAACCACCUUCAGCAUCCAAUACGGAUCCGGAGCCGUCAGUGGUCUCUUGUCCGCUGACGACGUCAGCGUCAACGGCGUGAACAUCACCAGACAGACGUUCGCUGAGAUCCUCAAGGAGUCCGGCCUCGGCUUCAUCGCCGGCAAGUUCGACGGAAUCCUUGGUAUGGGAUACCCUCAGAUCUCUGUCCUCGGCGUGCUCCCAGUCUUCGAUCAGAUGGUCGCUCAGAACGCUAUCGCCGCUCCGAUCUUCUCGUUCUACCUGACGAGGGACAACGAUCAUCCCACCGGCAGCGAGCUCGUCAUCGGCGGGAUCGACCCCAAGCAUCACAAGGGGGAGAUCACCUACAUUCCCGUCUCCAGAAAGGGAUACUGGCAGUUCAAGAUGGACUCGGUCAAAAUCGGUGACGUCAGUAAGACCACCCUGUGCGCUAACGGAUGCCAAGCCAUCGCCGAUACGGGAACCUCCCUCAUUGCCGGACCUACCUCUGAGGUCAAGGCUCUCAACAAGGCCAUCGGAGCGGCUCCCUUCCUGAAUGGCGAAUACCUGGUGAACUGCAACAACCUCCCGACCAUGCCCAACAUCACCUUCACUCUCGGUGGGAAAGACUUCGAGCUCACCCCCAACGACUACGUUAUGAAGAUGAGCCAGGGUGGUCUGCCCCUCUGUCUGUCUGGCUUCAUCGGUCUCGAUGUUCCCAGGGGACCUCUCUGGAUCCUCGGGGAUGUCUUCAUCGGGCGUUACUUCACCGUCUUCGAUCGUCAAAGCGAUCGCGUCGGUUUCGCCGUGGCCGCCUAAUCGUGUCUUAGAGCGAGUGUGAUCAAAAUUGUGAAUAAAAUAUCCGUUCGAAC